AUGAAGAUCCUUCAUUUUGCUGUAUUUUCCUUCUUGGUUGUAGCUUCAAAUGCCGCAAUGGUAAUGCCAACCAAUUAUUCUGAAUUUGAUAUUGCUUUCUAUACUUGCAAUGGGAUGAUUCCCUAUACAGCAACAGUAUGUGAAACUAAAAAGAAGAGUUUGGAUACUUACUGUCUUUGCGCUCAAGAUUCCGGUUUUGGUACUAUGUCUGAAUGUUUGGUUAAAGGUUACGAUAAUAAGCCUGAUAUCAUAAAUGGGUUUAUUAAAACUUGCAAGCUUGUUGGAAUUGAAAUGGAUCAAAAAUCUUUUUAUCAAAAUUACACUAGAACUCAAAAAUUAUUAAAAGAUACUAGUAAAAUCGAAAACUUCAAUAAAACAAAAUUAAUCGAUUACCCAGUUUUACUUGAUUUUUCUCAUUUUAAAGUAUAUUCAGACUCCUAUAGGUUUUUCCUUAAUAACUACAAUUUGUCUUUAUGGUUUGGAUCGGCUUUAUUGGCUUAUUGGUGUAUUGUUUUAGUAAUUGCAGCAAUAGUUAAUUGGACUAUCAGAUUCUUCCCAAAUAUUACUCAAAAAUUUAAUGGUCCGAUUUCCCAUCUAUAUAGAAGAUAUAUCACUUUAUCUGCUGCCAUUCAUAAAAAAAAAUCAAACCACCAUCACUUGGGUAUCUUUUCUUUAUUAGUUCCUUCAAGGAUGGAAACUGUUAUCUGCACUGGAUUCUUAGCAGUUGUGGUUGCAACUUUAUCCGCUCAAAUGAAAAGAGUUGAUGGUGGUUCAGUUAUGUAUGUCAAUAAAUACGGUGAGUUGGCUAGAUAUUUGGGUGAUAGAACCGGUAUUGUAAUUAGUUAUGCUGUCCCAUUAUUGGUCUUAUUUGCUGGUCGUAAUAAUUUCUUACAAUGGGUCACUCGUUGGAAUUUCGCAACUUUCAUCACUUAUCAUAGAUGGGUUUCAAGAAUCGUUGUGUUGGUGGUUUUCAUCCAUGCAAUUUCUUUCAGUAUAGCCGACCAUUUUGCUGGUAAAUAUCCAUCUCGUUAUUCUAAGCCUUUUAUGAUUUGGGCAAUGGUUGCUGCUUGUUGUGGUGGUUUUAUUCUUGUUCAAGGUUUAUUAUUCUUUAGAAGAAGAAGCUAUGAAACUUUCCUCAUUUUCCACAUUUUAUUUGCACUCUUUUUUAUUGUGGGGGCUUAUGAGCAUACUGUUGAAUUGGGUUAUGCAGCAUUUUACUGGGCUUGUAUUGCUAUUUGGGCAUUUGACAGAGCCAUUAGAAUUUUUAGAAUCUUAAGUUUUGGUGCACCAAAGGCUACUGUCACCAUCUUAGCAGAUGAAACUUUAAGAAUCGUUGUUCCAAAACCUUCCUAUUGGAAAUCAAUCCCCGGUGGACAUGCAUUUAUUCAUUUUCUUAGACCUUCUUGUUUUUGGCAAUCUCACCCUUUCACCUUCACUGACUCGACAACCAAUAAAGACGCAAUUGUAUUGUAUGUUAAAAUCAAAGGAGGAGUAACUCAUGGAGUUUUCAAAUACUUACUGAAACAACCAGGUAAAACUGGUAGAAUCAGAGUUUGCAUUGAAGGACCUUAUGGUGAACCAUCUGGUGCUCGUCAUUACAAAAACUCCGUUUUCAUUGCAGGUGGUAACGGUAUUCCUGGUAUCUAUUCUGAAGCUGUUGACUUAUCUAGAAAACAAAUUGAUAGACAGAGUGUCAAGCUAAUUUGGAUAAUCAGAGAAUGGAAAUCAUUAUCCUGGUUUUAUGACGAGUUAAGGAGAUUGAAUGAAACCAAAAUCGAUACCACAAUUUUCAUCACUAAGCCUGAUUUGAUGAAUGGUUUAGAAUAUUUUGGAAAUAUUACGACUAAUGGUGAUAAUUCAUCUAAUGAAUACGAAAAGAAACAGUAUAAUGAAGAGAAUUAUAAAGAAGUAGAAGCCUCUAGUAAUGAUGAGGAUAUUAAUCCAAACUCAGUUAUCCACUCAAUCAAGACAGAGUUAUCUCAUAUAACAUUCAAAGAAGGAAGACCUAAUAUUGGAGAAAUAGUGACUUCAGAAGUUUCAGAAACUGAUGGUUCUAUUGCUUUCGUAACUUGUGGUCAUCCAGUUAUGGUUGAUGAUAUAAGAUAUAGUGUUAUUCAAAAUUUUGAAAACACAAAAUAUCGUGUUGAGUAUUUCGAACAGUUACAAACUUGGGCUUAA